GAAGCUACGUGUUGAUCUAGUGGAAUACUAUAAGAAGCGACCAGAUCAUUGAACGGUCAGUCCAGACGACUCUUUCACACCCUCAACAAUCGGGUCUGGCGCAAUGACGCAAAUACCAAUUCUAACGCUGUUUGGCUUAUCAGCGUUCUACAUAAUUGGUUCAACGAGUGGACUAGGCAUUCCAAAUGCACUCGGUGGAGUCAGUGGACUACUCGGUGGAGAUAACACCGGCGGAGAACCGAGCGGGUUGCUCAGUGGGCCUAAACCAGGAGGAGUAGUAGGAGGACUACUGGGCAAACAUAAACUUGGAGGAGUACUGGGUGCCUUACCUGGAAAAGAUAAGCUAGCUGGAACCGUUGGUGGAGUACUCGGCAAAGACAAGCUUGGGGGCGUAAUAGGCGCCAUACCUGGAAAAGAUAAAUUAGGUGGAGUAGUAGGAGGAUUGCUGAGUAAACAUAAGCUCGUGGGAACAGUUGGUAAAGUACUUGGUAAAGACAAGCUGACUGGCGCAGUGGGUCAAGUACUCGGGAAACAUAAGUUGGGUGGAAUAGUGCGAGGAUUGCCUGAUAAAAAAAUUGAAGAAGAAUGCAAAACACAGGGUGGAGGCAAACCGGGUGGAUUAGUCCCCGGAUUAGGUGGCAAAGAUAAGAUUAUUGGAACGCUAGGUGGAUUGGUUAACAAAGAUAAGUUAGGUGGGGUAGUAGGUGGGUUGCUGGAUAAAGAUAAAUUAACUGGAGCAGUAGGUGGAUUACUUGACAAAGAUAAACUGCAGGGAACUGUGGGUGGAUUAGUUGAUAAAGAUAAACUUACUGGAACAAUAGGAGGAUUGGUUGAUAAAGAUAAGCUGACGGGAACAGUAGGUGGAUUAGUUGAUAAAGAUAAACUUACUGGAACAGUAGGGGGAUUAAUUGAUAAAGAUAAGCUGACUGGAACAGUAGGUGGAUUAGUUGAUAAAGAUAAGUUGACUGGAACAGUAGGUGGAUUACUUGAUAAAGAUAAACUUACUGGAGCAAUAGGAGGAUUCGUUGAUAAAGAUAAACUGACUGGAACAGUAGGUGGAUUACUUGAUAAAGAUAAACUUACUGGAGCAAUAGGAGGAUUAGUUGAUAAAGAUAAACUUACUGGAACAAUAGGAGGAUUAGUUGAUAAAGAUAAGGUAACUGGAACAGUAGGUGGAUUAGUCGGUAAAGAUAAGUUGGGUGGAUUGCUUGGUCAAAAACCCGGGGGUUCAGAAGACUGCGAUUCACCUGGACAUAAACCCGGCGGAUUAAUUGGUAAAGAUAAACCCAGGAUACCAAUCGGUGGCGACAAGUUAGGGGGACUAGUAGGCGGACUGAUAGAUAAAAGUAAGCUUACUGGAACAAUCGGUGGAUUACUGGACAAAGGAAAAGGUGGCGAACAAGAGGAGGAUUGUGAUCAGGAAGAUUCGCGAGGCCCCAAAAAACCAGACGACGAUGGGCCCGUAAAAAAGCCCAGCAGAGAGCAGGACUCAGAAGAAGAGACCGAAGGUUCUGGCGGGGAAGACAAGAAGGGCGGCGAGUCCGGUCAAGACGGAGAAGACUGCUCACCUGGUGAGGAAACCUCCGAAGGGAAAAAACCUCAAAAAGGAGGUUCAGACGAGGACUCCGGUAGCGGACAGCCGGGACCGGGUAAAUCAAAAGGCAGCGGAAGUUUAAUCGACAUCGAUAUUCUGUUGAAGCUCUUGAGCAAACUAAAGGGGAGAAGCGCGGGGGGUACAGGUGGUUCACUGAUAAACUUGAAUACUCUUCUCAGCCUUCUCAGCAAAAUCAGUGAUUCGGGUCGUCAGUCCACUUCGGGCCUUGGAAAGUUGAUCAGUACCCCUGUUCUCUCUAAAAUCCUGAGACAAUCAAGCUGCGGUCCUAGCUCUAGCAAGGACAGUAAUGCGUUGAUGAAUGUCAACAUCCUCAUCAACAUAUUGAGCCGACUAUUUGGCUCUAGUCUCGGCGGCUCCGGUCAUCCCGGUAUUGGCCCACCCAAGUUAAUCAAUGCUACUGCCCUUGUCAGUUUAUUGAACAGCAUAAUUAGCCCCAGACCGAGCAGUUCAGGAGGCAAAGGGCUCAUAGACAUCGGUACUCUGCUGAACCUCCUCCGUAAGCACAAAGGUACGGGCAUUCCUGGGGGUGCCGGAGGUCCACUCAAUCUGGGCGUCUUAAUCAAUCUCCUGAACAAGGCCAAAGGCACUGGCGGUGGUCUUAUUGACACCAAAACUCUGUCUGACACCCUUCGGAAAUCCUGCCCUAGUGAUGGCUCCGGUUCUCGUGAUGGCGGUGGAGUCGUUAAGCGCAAUAUCGUUACAGAUAUUUUGGGUAAAUUAUUGGGGUCCAAAGGUGGUCCUAAAGGCCCAGGAGGGUUAAUAUCCGCAAAUUUACUAGGAAAUCUUCUCAAGAAAUCCAAAUCUUCAUCUGGGUUGGGGGGUUUACUGGGCGGUAUCGGCCCUUCACGCCGACUUAUAGGAUAAAUAAACUAGAUUUAAUUGAACAUAAUUUUUGUAUGAAUCCGUUCACGCUGUACUGAUUAAUCACACAGAGACAUUUGCUUACCAUUUCUACGUUAAAUGAACUAGAAUCAUUAAGUAUUUGAAGAGUCAUGGAAAUAGCGAGUAGAAAGCAUCCGCUGCUUCGAUCUCCAUCAUUUAUGUAUUCUCAUUAUUAUAAGAGAGCAAUAAAAAUGAAAAAUAUGUACAAAGAAAUUCAUGUACUUGUCUGAUAACACCUCAUGAACUUAAGGAAACAGUAUAAAAAAUAAACAAUUGUUACAAUCCUAAUAA